AUGAAUGUAGAAGUUGAAAAAGUCAUCUUAGAGAAUGCUCCUGGAAAUGCGAAAUAUAUUGCAUCAACGAUACAAAAGGAGAUCCUAAAUAUUAUUGCUAAAAAAGUAAGGAAGAAGAUUCGUGAGGAAGUUGGAGAGGAUGGAAAAUUUUGUAUUCUUGUUGAUGAAGCACUUGAUGAAUCUAAAAAGGAACAAAUGGCUAUUAUCCUAAGAUUUGUUGGUCGUGAUGGGUUUAUUCGAGAACGGUUUUUUGAGAUUAUAAGUGUUCAUGAUACUAAUUCCUCAACUCUUAAAACUGAGAUUUGUAAAGUGCUUGGUAAACACACUCUUUUAGUUAAGAAUAUGCGUGGCCAAGGAUAUGAUGGUGCUAGCAAUAUGCGUGGUCAAUGGAAUGGCUUACAAGCAUUAUUUCUCAACGAUUGUCCAUAUGCAUAUUAUAUACAUUGUUUUGCUCAUCGCCUCCAACUAGCAUUAAAUGCUGCAGCUAAAGAGGUAGGAGUUAUUUGGAGAUUUUUUUCAAUGUUGAAUAAUAUUGUGAAUUUUGUUGGUGCUUCUGCUAAACGUCAUUCUGAGUUGAAAUUAUCUCGAAAAGCUGAAAUUCAAGGGUUGUUAGAGGCUGGAAAACUUGGAAUGGGUACAGGGGCUAAUCAAAUUCGUUGUUUGCAACGACCUGGAACUACUCGUUGGGGGUCUCAUUUUAGUUCUAUUAGAAGUUUGAUUGAUUUAUUUGGUGCAACCAAGACACUUCUUGAUGAAAUAGGUCGUAAUGGACCUACAUCACAAUUUCGUGGGGAAGCUGAGAGUAUUUAUAUUGCCAUGAUGUCGUUUGAAUUUGUUUUUUCCUUACUUUUGUUGGAAAAAACUAUGGGAUUCACAGAUUUUCUUUGUCAUUCACUUCAAAGCCAAUCUCAAGACAUUGUAAAUGCUUUGAAUCUUGUUUCAAAUACAAAAAUGAAGCUUGAUGAGUUGAGAAAUAAUGGUUGGGAUGAUUUUAUCAAAAGUGUGCUAUCAUUUUGUGAACAACAUGACAUUAGUGUACCUGAUAUGAGUGCUCGUCAUAAAAUGGGUACAGGUCGUUCUUGCCAACAACAGGAUUCUAUUACAGUUAAGCAUUAUUUCCGUAUUGAUGUAUUUAAUGAUGUAAUUGAUUUUCAGUUGGUAGAGUUAAAUACUAGAUUUCCAGAGCAAACUGUGGAACUUCUUUAUCUUACCUCAACAUUGGAUCCCCGUGAUUCAUUUAAGCAGUUUAACAUUGGUGAUAUAUGCAAUCUUGCUGGGAAGUUUUAUCCUCAGAUUUUACUACCACUGAGUCACAGGCUUUACAUCAACAGGUUAGCACACACCUACCACUUGAUUGAUAGAUUGAUUCGUUUAGUGUUAACUCUUCCAGUUUCUACAGCAACAACAGAACGUGCAUUUUCUUCUAUGAGACUUAUCAAAAAUCGACUUCGAAACAAGAUAGAGGAUGAGUUUCUUGCUGAUUGUAUGAUACUUCACAUUGAAAAAGAAUUUGCUGAUAGUAUUGAUAACGAAUCAAUAAUUAGUGAUUUCAACUCUUUGAAGCCUAGAAGGGUGCAACUCAAAUAG